AUGGACACUCAAGAAAUCAGAAAAUUAAGUACUGUUUUUGUCCAUGAAAAUGAAUUAUAUGAACCACGCGAUCUUAAACCAAAGGUCGGAGGCACAUUGGAUUUAAGGCUUGGUGCAGCAUCUAAGAAUCAGAUCUGCCAGACUUGCGGUCAGCCCCAAGAAAAUUGCCCUGGACAUUUUGGUUCUUUAGAGCUAGUACUUCCCGUUUACAAUAUUGGUUUUUAUCCUGCUAUUUUACACUGCUUAAAAUGCAUUUGCAAAACAUGUUCGAACAUACUUCUUCCUAACGAAGAGAUCAAUUCUCGUCUCAAGAAGUUUUAUUCCAAGCCACCUCAAACAGUUUCAGCAAAGAUAGAUCGUGUCAAAGCUCUUAUGAAGGAGUGCGAGAAGGUAACGAUUUGCCCUCAUUGCGGAGCCAUAAAUGGACCCGUUAAAAAGACAAAAACAACACUUAUUAUUACUCAUAAUGUUGGACAAAAGAACGAUAAACUUCGUGAGCCAUUUCUCAGCAAAUUCAGUAAGCUAGAUAUCAAAGGAGAUGAUUAUAAAAAAUAUCUUGAUAACAUUUGCGACGAUAUUACUCCAUUAAGAGCUUUACAACUCUUCAAAGCAAUUCCUACUCGCCAAAUCCCUCUUCUUUUGAGCGGAUUUUCCGUUUCUUCACCAGCCGAUAUGAUUAUUACUUCAAUUGUCAUUCCUCCUAACUGUAUUCGUCCAGCAGUCAUUGCAGCAGGCGAAGGCACAAACCAGGAUGAUCUUACUGUCCGCCUUGUCGAUUCCGUUCAUUUCAAUGACGAAAUCCGCAAAUCCAUCGAAGUUGGUCGCCAAGCCAGCUCAACCAUGGAGCUCUGGAGCUCACUCCAACAGAACGUCAAUAGCUCCAUCAACAGUGAAGCAGCGGAUACAGCAGCCAAAACGAAGAAAAAGAACAAACCAGUUAUCGGCGUUAUCCAACGUCUUAAAGGCAAACAAGGACGUUUUAGAACGAACCUUUCAGGUAAACGUGUCAACUACUCCGGUCGUACAGUUAUUUCCCCUGAUCCUAAUGUCAAUGUCGACCAAGUUGUCAUUCCUGUUUCCAUGGCGAAAAUUUUGACAUUUCCAACUCGUGUUACUAAAUUCAACAAGAAAGACUUGAUGAGAUACGUCAAGAACGGUCCAGACAAAUACCCCGGUGCGAACAACAUCAUCAAGGCUGACACAGGAUUCAAACUUUCACUUGCUUAUGGUAAUAAAGAGCAGAGAGCACAAGAAUUGAGAGAAGGCGAUAUUGUUGAGAGACAUCUUCUUGAUAAUGAUACAGUUCUUUUCAACAGACAGCCUUCUUUGCACAGAAUCUCUAUCAUGGGAUUCAGAGCUAAAGUCAUGGAAUGGUGCACAAUGAGAUUUAAUGAAUCUGUUUGCGCUCCUUUCAACGCUGAUUUCGAUGGUGAUGAAAUGAACGUCCAUUUACCACAAACUCUCGAAGCCGCAGCCGAUGCUAGAUACCUCAUGAACGUUCUUUACAACUUGUUCUCUCCGCGUGCCGGUGAAAUGAUCGUCGCUCCAACACAGGACUUCUUGUCAGGUGCUUUCAUCUUGACAAGGAAAAACGUUUUUCUUGAUUAUUCUCACUUCACUUUUCUUAUAUCACAAAUUUUUGACAACCUUGAAGAAGUUGAUAUUCCUCCACCCGCCAUUGUCAAACCAUACCAAUUAUGGACAGGCAAACAAGUUGUUUCUUUGAUGAUUGCGCCAAACAAGAAGACAGAUCUCCAUUUCACACACCAAGUAGGAAACAAAGAAUACACAGGAAACAAGGAAAUGUGCAAGAAAGACGGUUACGUUUCCUUCCUUGAUAACUACAUGGUUUCCGGUGUUCUCGAGAAGUCUCUUAUUGGUGGUGGUCCUAAAUCUCUUUGGGCAAUCAUGGCAAGAGAUCAUUCACCGAAAUUCGCAGCUGUUUGCAUGCAAAGAAUCGCAAAAAUGUCUUGCAGAUACUUAAUGAACAGAGGUUUCUCAAUCGGUAUCAUGGAUGUCCGUCCUGAUGAGAAUUUGACGAAUAACAAGAAUGCGCAGAUCUCUAAGACAUACCAAGAUUGUUACGACAAGAUUGCGGAAUACGAUUCAGGAAAACUCGAAGCAGCUCCUGGUAUGACAAAACUCGCAACUCUUGAAGCAUUUCUCAACGGCCAAUUAUCAGAAUUGCGUAACAAAAUUGGUAAAAUGUGCAUGGCAGAGUUAAGUCCAAUCAAUACUCCUUUAGUCAUGGCUAAGUCAGGUGCUAAAGGUUCUGAUAUCAACAUCUGCCAAAUGAUGGCUUGUUUGGGUCAGCAAUCUGUCGGCGGCAAGCGUAUCAUCGAUGAUUUCAUUGAUAGAUCUAUUCCACACUUCAAACACGGUUCUAAAGAUCCAAUUUCAAAGGGUUUCAUCGCAAGCUCUUUCUACACAGGUUUGACACCGUCAGAUUUCUUCUUCCACACAAUGGGUGGCAGAGAAGGACUUGUCGAUGCUGCUGUCAAGACAGCGCAGACAGGUUACAUGCAGAGACGUCUCAUGAAGUCCUUAGAAGAUUUGGUAAUCGCAUACGACCAAACCGUCAGAAUGUCAGAUGGAACAAUUGUUCAGUUCACUUAUGGUGAUGAUGGCUUAGAUCCAUUGAACUUGGAGACAACGUAUUUCCCUGUCGACUUGAACAGAGUUUCCCAGGAAUAUCUCUUCAAGUUCUCACAGGAACCAUUGAUGGAUCAAAUCGAAGCACGUGAGAGAAUCGAAACAUUGUUCAAUGACAUUCGCGAGGAACAACAAGGCCGUGGAUUAGUCCGUGUUCCAGAGUUUUUGAUCGACAGAUUGAAAAAAUACAUCGAUGAUUUAUUGGAGAAAUACAUCAAGGCAAACGACCAAUACAUCGGAGAAGAUUUGAGCAUGGACAGCUACAUCAGAGCUACAAUUCCUUUCACGAAGUCAUUCCUCGAGGAAUUCGUUAAGUUCUGCAUGCACAGAUGCGAGAAAUCCAUGGCAGAACCCGGUAUGACAGUCGGUGCUGUUGCAGGCCAAUCAAUUGGUGAACCAGCAACACAAAUGACUCUCAGAUCUUUCCACUUUGCUGGUGUCGCAUCAAUGAACGUUACUUUGGGUGUUCCAAGAAUUGAAGAAGUCAUGAACGCUGUUUCUGAGAUCAAAACACCUAUCAUCACUGCAAACCUAUUGUCGCAGAGAGAUGAAAUUGCUGCAAGAAUUGUCAAAGGAAUUAUUGAUAGAGUCACUCUUGGACAAGUUUGCAAACACAUCGAGUACAAUCAGAACGAGAAAUCAUGCUACAUUGAUAUCGAACUCGAUGCAGAAAUCAUCAGAGAAGCGAAAUUGAACAUUACUUCAGAAACAGUCAGAAGAUCAAUUGUAAACACACCAAAGAUCGGUGUCAAAGAUGAAAACACAGCUAACAAUGGUGAUUACAAUGUUAGAGUUUUCAUGCAGGGAGCAAAUCCAAAGGCUUUCUCUUUCAUCAUGCAGCAGUUGAUGCUCAAACUUCCUGAUGUCGUUGUUUCAGGAGUUCCUGGUGUAGAGAGAGUUCACGUCGGCAAAGAAAACGGCUGCUUCAAGUUGUUCGUCGAAGGUAAUCCUUUCUUGAAGGUCUUGAACACACCAGGUAUCGAUCCAAAGAGAACAGUUUCAAACCACGUUUUGGAUGUAGAGAAAGUCCUCGGUGUCGAAGCCGCGAGAUCAGUCAUUAUCUCCGAAAUCACAAACGUCAUGAAGAACUAUUCCUUGAAUAUCGAUAGAAGACACUUGAUGCUUCUUUCCGAUUUGAUGACAAUCAGAGGCAAGGUUUUGGGUGUCACGAGACAUGGUUUGGCAAAGACAUCUGUUUCUUCACUCAAACUCGCUUCUUUCGAAACAACUCAGGAACAUUUGUUCAAUGCCGCUUUUCACAACGUUGAUGAAGUUGCAAAUGGUGUUUCUGCAUCAGUUAUUUUGGGCAAUUUCGCUCCAAUCGGAUCCGGAAUGAUUGAUGUUUUGGUGUCCGAUGAACUCUUGAAGAGAACAAGUUUGACACCAAGAUGCCAUUUGAUCGAAGACUACAUCAAUCCAAUGUUCUUGACAGCUCCUUACGCGACAAAUGACGGAUUCUUGAAGCCACAAUUCUCCGUCAAAUCAUUCCUUUCUCUCGAGAAAUUCCUCAAAUCAGAGUUCUUGACAGAACAAGGCUACUUGAAGCCACAAUAUCUCAGACUUGAGAAGUUCUUGAAGAAGGAUUUGCUCGCGAAGGACAAAGAUCCAAACGAUCCAUUCAAGAUCUACAACGAAGAUGGAACAGUCAAUCAAGAGUUGUUGACAAAGGAUGGAUUGUUGAAGAGAUCUGUUCUCGACAGCGAGAAAUACUUCUCUUACGACUUCAUCACGAGCGAGGGAAUGAUGUCACCACGUGAUCUCAUCAAGUUCGACAACCUCGCAAGAAACGACCACCUCAGAAGAGAAUUCUUGGGCGAAGAUGGUUUGUUGAAGCCAGAAUAUUUGACAGAAGAAGGCUUCGUCAAAGAAGAGCUUCAAACAAAGGAAGGAAAGCCAAUUCCAAGGAGUUUCAUGAAGCACGAAUUCCUCACAAGAGAUGGACUUCUCAAGAAGGAAUUCUACACUUCAAGCGGACUCCUUCAAGCCAAGAACUUCCUCAAAUUGGAGUACAUCAACACAAGAGGAGAACCAAUCCCAGAUUUCGAUCUCAAGCCUGAGUAUUUGACAAGAGAUGGAAUGUUGAAGAUGGAAUAUAUCGCUGAUGACAACGGAAAGAACAACAAAUGCUACAUCAAGCCAGAGUUCAUGAAGCAACAAUACUGGUGGCCGAAAUACACUGGUCCUGACUAUGUUAAACCAGAACUUUUGAACCCAGAGAAUUUCGUUAACCCAGAUUACUUGAAGCCACAGUUCUUAACUCCACAACCACAAAGCAAAUACCGUGAACAGAUCGAAAAAGGUACUUUCAAGCCAAGAAAAUAA